GAAAAACGCUAAGGUGAAGCUGAGCCCUCCAUCAGUUUCGGGAAGAGUGAAGGAACACUUUUAAAGCGACCAGACUGACUGCACGAGUGACUGGCUAACAUCGACGCCGCAAGAUCGAGGUCAUGUAGCGUCGCCCAGGGAGCAGAAGACAGGAGUUUUCUUAAAGCAACCACAUCAAACAGAACGAAAGAGUAAGAGGAGAAAAAACUGAUUCCUGUCAUUCACACACAAAACCAGACUGAAGUAUUGAGUUUAGACAUAACAGACAGAACAGUGUGGUAACUAAGAACUAGCAUACGAGUGUUGCUGAGAACUGUACAAGGAUGGCCCGUAGCAGAAGGUUUACUGAACGGGCUUACCCACCCUGAGAAACCACAUUGCCACUACCAACACCUCUGCUACUGCUAUCUCACCACAGCUACUUGAGACGUAACUUCUCCUUCACAUCCACCAUCACCACCACCACCACCACCACCACCUCAGGCAGCAAUGGAUCCCGGCAAGAUCUUUCAAAUCAUCACCAACAGUACGCUCUUAGCCACUCGCCUCCUCCCCGGCGGCAGCGCAUCUCCCCUGCACUUCUCCUCGUCCCGAUAUUGUGCCACGCUGCCGGAGGACCUCACGCUGGGGGCCGCUGUGCUCACCGUGGCAGCCUCGCACGACCACGGAGCGGAGGUGAGGUACAGCAUCGCAGCUGGCAACAGUGACGGCCUCUUCAGCAUGGACGAGCGCUCGGGAACUCUCAGCCUGGCAGCCUCUCUGGACUACGAGCUAAGCCGCAGGCACGAGCUGGUGGUGGCUGCCGAAGGUGUGAACGCGGCAGCUCGUGCCCUGAUAAUGGUUCAGGUGACAGACGUGAACGACAACCCACCGGUAUUCCUGCAGCCAGAGCAGCGCCUUACAGUUGUCGAGGAGGACGAUAGAGAUCUCCCAGCCACCAUUACUAGGGUUGAGGCAGUGGACGUGGACGAGAGGGAUGCAGGGCGGUUGGUAUAUCGAGUGAGCGGUGACGGGGUGGAACGGGGAGAGGGUGAGGAGGAAGAGGAGGGAGCCUUUUUCACCAUCAACGCUCGCACCGGAGACCUGAUCCAGCUGCGGGCGCUGGACAGAGACCCACCUUACGGGAUGAGCAUAUGGAGGCUGCGAGUGGAGGUGCGUGACGGGAAGUGGCAGGAUGAGAGUCAAGAAGGAAUACCCGACCUCUCCCAUGACUACACUGGCGCUUCAACUCCCAGGCAGGUAAGCUGGGGCCACCGGAACCCAGACCAAGGCCCCGACCACACCAAGAGGACAGCGGCAGCUCUUCACCUGUCAGACAGUAGGUGUACCGGCGGGAGGUGCGUCAGUAACAAGAGAAAGCGUGACAUGUCUCAACAGGGCAUCAGUAACAGGAAGACUCGAGUGGUUGCAGCUCCGGACGACAAAGACAUUCACCAUCAGCAGGGCAGCACACGAGCUUUUUGGAAACGUUCUCGUGUUGAUAGCGAGUGGUUGGUGACAAACAGUGAGGCAGUGAGGGAGGAAGGCUUCGGUCUGCCUGGUGAGGGGAAACAAAGCCUUACGCUGUGUUCGUCACCUUGUCAACACAAUAACACUUCCACCCAUCUCGACACUGGAGAUUCUGGCAGCACGACAACCUUUAUAAGCGGCGGCGAUCCGAUCACAUUAGUCUCAGCUCCAGAGAAACCUCACAGGAUACACUCAGACCCUUCAGGACACGGUGUCGGAUUGAGAGAGCGUCGUGAUGUCUCCAGUCCUUCUUCGAACAGUCAACAAGACGACGGAGGCUGCAGCGUGAUGGGCACGUCCCUCCGCGAGAUCUCAGCUGGCGAUGGGGAGGGUAAGGUGCACGUGGCGGAGACGGUGGUGACGGUGGUGGUCAAGGACAUCAAUGACAACGCUCCUGUCUUCCCAAACGCCACCAUGCUGGGCCAGGUGCAGGAGAACGUCCCAGCUGGCUCGGCGGUGGUAGUGGUGUCGGCGUGGGACGCAGAUGACGCCACGGACGGCAGCAACGCGCGGCUCACCUACGCCAUCGAGAAGAACGUGGUGGACGAGGCCUCAGGCGCCGCUAUCUUCAGCGUGGAGCCUGACACGGGCCUGGUGCGGACGGAGCGCUGCUGUCUCGACCGCGAGGCUACUCCCGAGUACCGCUUGCAGGUGGUGGCCGCUGACGGAGGAGGACUCAAGGGCACAGGCACGGUGGUGGUGCGCGUGGUGGACCAGAAUGACAACCCGCCUCGCCUCGCCCGCCGCAGCUGGGAGGUGGAGGUGCAGGAAACCCCUCGCGCUGCACCGCUCGCUAACACCACCCUGCUGGAGCUGACCGCAGCUGACAAGGACGCUUCCGCGACGCUCCACUACAGGGUGGAGCCACGCAGCGGCCUUGGCUGGGAUAUGUUCGGUGUGCGGUCCUCGGGUUCUUCUGGUCAGUUGUUCGCCCUCAGGAGCCUCGACUACGAGCAAGAGAGUCACCGCCGAGGUUUUAAGUUCCGGGUGCAAGUGACAGACCAGGGUCCACUCGGCUGGGAGGACUUGAGCCACGUGGACUCUGCCUGGGUCACAGUGCGCGUGAAGGACGUGAAUGAUAACCCUCCGCUUUUCUCCCACCCACACGCCCACGUCAGUGUGAGAGAGGACGCCGUCCGCGGCACGCUGCUGGCAACACUGCCUGCCCAUGACCCUGACGCAGGCGGGCAGCAGAGUGUGCAAUACAGUUUGGAAGGAGGUUGGGAUGCUCUGGACGUGGAUGCUUACGGCAAUGUAACGUUGCGGCGGCAGCUGGACCGCGAGGCUCCGGGAGGCGACGUUAGCGAGGCCUUGAUCGUGGCGGUGGACGGCGGCCACCCGCCACGCUCGGCCACAGCCACGCUCACCAUCUCUGUGGAGGACGUUAACGACUGUCCACCAGCGAUCCUGCCACCCACACUCCUACACGUGACGGAGGGCAGCCCACCUUCUCUCCUGGGUGUCCUCAAGGCGACAGAUCCUGACGUGUGGGCGCUGGGGCACGGCCCGCCCUUCACAGUCUCCCUGGCACCCACAAACCCUUCCCACAUCCUGUCUCUCAUCAAUCUUAAGUUUGACCCUCGCCUGGACAGCGGGCGCGGCGGAGCGGAGCUGUGGACGGCAGGCGCUGUGGACAGGGAGCAACACCGUCAGCUGAGUGUGGCGGUGCAGGUGUCUGACGCUCAGGGCCUGUCCGCCACCCACCACCUCACCGUGUUGGUGGACGACCUCAACGACAACCCCAUGAAGCCCGCAACCAAGGCCGUCUACCUGUGGAAGACCCAGGGAGGAGGAUCUGACGCUCCACUUGGCCGAGUGUUUGUCGAGGAUCCUGACGAUUGGGACCUGGAAGACAAGGAGUUCGAGUGGGCGGGUCCUCCACAUCCACUCUUCACCCUCCAGCCUCAUGACGGGACCAUCAUGGCCUCUAGCAGUCUCCGGGAGGGCAGGUACGAGCUGCAGUUCUCUGUCAGUGACAGGGCGUGGCAGCAACGGGGAGUGGCGGCCAACGUGACGGUGACGGUGAGGAUCUUGACCCCAGAGGCCCUAGCCCACGCUGCACCCCUCGUUCUCACGCCCAUCACGCCCACGGACCUCACCCGGGGCUGGUUUCCCACGGAGGGCGGUGGCUUACUGGGAUCCCUCCUAAAGACGGUGCAAGAGAUGGUGGGCGCGCUGGACUACUCUAUACAGGUGGUCAGCGUGUACGACGGCUGCAGCGACCUCUCCACCACGUCCCACCUCACGCCACAGCGCACGCCGUUAUCCAAGCCUGCUACGCUCGAGUCCUCCACCCCUGCCUCCACCUGUGUGUGGCUCAGCGUGAAGGACACCCAAGGCGGAUACAUGAACUUGGUCAAGCUUCAGGGUCUUCUGGCACUUCAUACCCGCCAGCUGGAGGCUGCCAUGGGUGUGAGAGUGGCGGUGAAUGAUGCAGUGAUGCCAACUUCGUAUGGUACCCACGGGAGCCUAAGCCUAGAAGAUCAUGACGAUGGUGUAAAGCUGGGACUGCAUUCUGUUCCCUCCCUGGCCUCUACUGGUCUCCCACUGCAGGUGGUGGACACAAACGCCACUUCUCUCGUCACUCCACGCCUCACCCGCGCCCACUCCUGCCUCGACUACGCCCAGAACUCAGAAACCUGCACGCCCACCUCCUGCCUCAAUGGUGGCCGCUGUGUCAGAACUGAAGAGGGUGUCUACAGGUGUGUGUGUCCCGAGGGUGCGGAGGGACCUCAGUGCAAGGUGCUGGGCCGCAGUUUUGGGGACUCGGGAUGGGCGUGGCUGCACCCUCUUCCCCCGUGCCUCCCUGUCACCCUGUCCUUGCGUGUCCUCACCCGCCGUCCAAAUGGCCUCCUCCUUUACGCAGGACCAUUGGCACCCACGCCACCCCAAGCCAAGCCUGCUCCCAUGCUCGCUCUACAGCUGGUGGAUGGCCGACCCCAGGCACUGCUGGAGGGUGGCGAGGGUCCCCUCAAGCUGCAGGUGAACAGCUCCCUGAGUGACGGUCUCUGGCACUCCCUGCACCUGUCCGUUGACCACCAGAGUGUGGUGAUGAUGGUGGACCAGUGUGGAAAGGGCUGGACAGACCAAGAGCAGAAUGAUGUUAGCUGCCUGGUGCGGGCACGCUGGAGGGCAUCCAAGGGAAACGAUGUCUGGGUAGGAUCCGCGCCGCUGCAGGUGGGCGGCCUGGCUCAAGCGCCGCCACGCCCUGAGGACCACGGUUGGCGCGAGGCUCCCACCCACCACCACCUGACUGGCUGCCUCUCUCGCUUCACCAUCAACACACAGGUCAUGGAUCUGGGCGAGGUGGCCAACAGUUAUGACAGUGUGACAAGCUGCCCUCUCCAAGACACUGCUUGUCCUCAAUAUUGUGGCCUGCGAGGACGGUGUGUGGGCGGCCUGCAGCGCCCUCGGUGUGAGUGUGACCCAGGUUGGACAGGGUCUGGCUGUUCCACGCCCACUGUUCCUGCUCGCUUCAAAGCGUCAUCGUACCUGAAAGUAGCCUUGUCCUUCUCGCCUGAUCCGUGGACUGUGCGCGUCCAGGUUCGGCUGAGGCUGCGCGGUGCCCGCUCUGGUAUGGUGAUACAGCUGGCUGCCCGCCACCGCGCAGCCCAUCUCACACUCCACUUGCAGGCGGGGGUACCGUGCGCAACAGUGUCAGGGGCAGGAUGGGCGGCGCAACGAGUGUGCGUGGAGCGGCGCCCUCUUGGGGACGGCACCUGGCAUACCGUGGCGGUGGAGCGGCACGGCCACAAUCUGCUGGUGAGUGUGGAUGACGGCGACGGCUGGCGGCGCAAUGAAACCCUGGCGUCCCUGACAAUCCCCGGAGUGGAGGGGCCGCCGCCUCCUUUGACGGUGGACAAACACAAUGGUGUGACGGUGGGCGGCUUACCGGAGUUCACGACUGUGGACUUGGUGACCGUGCAUGACGACUUGCAAGACACAUGUCUGGAUGACCUGCGGGUGUCGGACUGGCCGCUGCCACUGCCCCCUGCUUUGAACGGCACUCCCUGGGGGCAGGUGACCACUGCAGACAGCCUUGCCCACGGGUGUCACCCUCAAGAAGAUCCCUGUGCAAACUCCAGAUGUGUGGCGCCACUGUCCUGCAGCGCCUCCUGGGACCAGCCACGUUGCAGUUGUGGUAUAGGCAGACAGCUGUUGGGAGCCACGUGUGAAGAUAUGAACGAGUGUUUAUGGCAGCCAUGUCUACACGGUGGAUCCUGCCAAAACCUGCAGCCUGGAUUCCUGUGUGUGUGCAAGCCAGGCUACCUAGGUGACCACUGUCAAUGGGUUGCCUCACCUCAAGACAACCAUCCGCUGGCACUUCCUGUCAUCAUGGCGGUGCUCGUCCUCUCCAUCUUGUCUCUGGCAGUGAUCAGUGUAGUGUUGUCACUUGGGCUGCGUCGGUUUAGGCGGGGAAGAGAGAACCUUGCGGAACCAUGUGGCCAAGGCUGCAGUGGCAUCGUGACGGCUGAGAAAAGCGAAGCAGGGUCGGAUGGGAUCCAAUUGGAGCUGAUAAACCUGAAAUCAUCAAAAGUUUUAUCAAACCAUAUGGAAAAUAGUUUGAUGUCGGGAAGAAGAGGCGGAGGCAGUGACGUCAGUAGCAGCAGUGCAGUGAUAGUCAGGGACUCUCGUGGACCAUCUUCUCUACUCGACCCAGCAUCAUUCCUGCCUGCGGAGCAAUUCAUAGCCUGCAGUGUUCACGAAGGAGGCUCCUGCGUCUAUACUCCUUCAUACCAAGAGACAGAGACAGUCUUUCCUUGUACUGGCAAUGGUACUUGCCGGGAUAUGGUAAAUCUUUCACAAGCAGUGGAUCUUCACGAGAUGCCGUUUCGCACACUUGCCAACCCUCAACGGAGCCCAACUCCAUCAAGACGGGGGUGUAGUGUCGGGACAUCCAGCCACUGCCAGCAAAGUGAUGCCCAGCCUUGCAGAUCAUAAAAGCAUUCAAAGUCUUUAUAUCGAGGCGGGAGAAGAUAAGAUCGAACUCGUGUCAGGAAUAUCAUGGUGACUUACUGUUUCCGUAUCAUCAGUCAGGGUAUGAAUGAUUAUCAAGACCCAUGUGAUUUUCGAUCGGUCUCGACUGUUCUGACAAUACACAGGGAAGAAUGACCUUGGAGAAGAAUGAACAGCAGCAGCAGUCUCGUUUAUCUCUUAUUCUCCCACUGUCCUUCAUUCUUUCAUCAUGAUUUUCAUAAAGGAGACACACCCUCGUGGCGUUGCAGUCCUGACGACCUCCUAUGGCAUCCUGAGAUGCAUUAUUUUAUUUCUUAUUACUUCCCCAAUCUUCCUUACUUUUCAACCUGGUGAAGGGAAUCUUUCAUGAUGCUGAAGUCCUUAUGCCCUCUUUGAAUAAUACACCGAAGCUCAAACUGGAUCCUACCUAAGGUGCUCCAGUCCACGUGUGCCAAUUGUACUGAUCACUACUAGUCUGUGUUCGCCACGCACUUCUUUACGGACUGAAUUGUGUCGUGGUAACUGUAAUGUGAACUCAACGGUUGGUGAGAAACAUUGCGAUUUCAAGCACUGAAUGACUCUGUGUACCUGUACUAACUUGACUUGGUCCUCAAUAAAAUCGUCAUUUUAGUC